AAUUGAGUAUGGAAGAGCGCUAUCGCGCAAAAUACAUAUGUUAAAUUUGGAUCCAAAAAAAUCUCAGCUCCAUUAUACGUAAGAGAGAAACGAAAUCGCACUGGACGGCUCAUCUAGUUUGCAGCCCACAAGAAGAUUCGCUAGUGCUGCUGUAUGGAUAAUUUAGAUUUAUUACCUCCACAAGAUAUGCAGAUGGCGUAUCUUGAUGUGUGUGCCACCUUCUUCAAAGAAGGCAGACGCCGACUACAAUAACAUGAUGUAGAUUUUUUCACGGACACUCAGAGCGCACAAUUUUUUUUUUGCAAAAUCGUCGUGGUUUCUUUUUUCGAUCUUCGGUUCAAAAAUAUAUUGCAAAAGAUGAUUUUGCAGCCUGCACUUCUAGACAAGAACCGAAAUGAAAAUGUGGGUCAGCAUUUUUCUAUUAUGAUAGCUCGCACGCUCUAUUGACAAAUCGCGAAAAUAAAGCUGCGGCACAGCCUGGACAAAGUUGAUUUUAUUUUCCCCAUCAAAAAGAAGGCGAAUCCCGGAGACUGUCUGUCGUGUCAAUCUAUCUGUUGAAUUAUGAAAAAAAAGAUGAAAGAAGGUGUCGUGACGAGCAGAAACGAAACAAACUAAAGCAGAAGUUGCUGACGAAAAAGAAUAUAGCUGAUUUCCCACAAUACCAUCUCCCCCAUUCACUAUUGAGAACAGGAGUUUUACUCCCCCAAACAAGUGACGAAUCACUAACUUACGUUCAGAAGUCCUCCUCUAUGUUGGGCUUUGUCGUUUUUGAAGUUACCUCGGAUCAAAUCGGACACAAUCCAAGAGUUCCGGUCGCUUCCUCCAUUUUCAACAUCUGAAUGCGGAAAAAAUAAGAGAUUCACUUUCCAAACCUAAGGAAAUAAAAUCCUUUCAACAAUAAAAGUCCUCGAGUAAUAUAAUUUUGAAUCAAACAGUCAUCAUCUUUUUCAAACAAAAAAAAGAAAUCAAUCAACAACGAACACCGUUGUUGAGAUGGAAGAAAACAGCAGAAAAAGGAGCCGCAGUCGGCGGCGAACCAGAAAGAGCAAGUGGGCCGAUGCUGACGAGGAGAACAACGUCGAUCAAGCUGCGGCCGAGGUGCCGGAUUGGGUCACCGACACCUUCAAGGCUGCGCCUCAGUAUGGUUCAGUACCUUCCGGAGGGGUUUCCCAAACGCCACAGGUACAACUUCAGUGUGAACUUGUUUCUGGUGCUAUGCAAUAAACUUAAUGCUGUCACGACCAGUCUCAGCCAGGGUUGCGCUGGUCGUGGUCCUUGUUGGCCAUCUCUCCAUUCUUGUUGAAGGCUUCUAGAAUGUUUCGAAACAUUUGUAGCUGAUGGGAGUGUGCAGAAGUCGACCACCACCCGCAGACCACAUGCUCAAUGAAUGCAUAAGACAGUUUUGGUAGCUUGUGCGAAAAUUCCUGCUAAAAAGAGUCAAUUUUUCUUUCUUCAUACACAACAGCAACUUCGUGCGGGUGUUUCUGGAGGCGGACAUAGCAAGCCAAAUAGCGGAAUCAGCAAAGAAAUGGAAAUACCCUCUGCUGUGAUGGGCCACGUAAUAGGACCAAAAGGAGCCACAAUUUCUACAUUCAGACAAGCGACAGGCGUUCACGUGCAGGUAUGACUCACUUUCGGGCUCUGCUUCUGUACUUUUGCAAAUCAUUCUUAGUGUGGUUGCUGGUUGUCAAUCGCGAUGGAAGAUAAUUACAGUCGGGAAAGCAAAAUUAGCGGACCACUCGAAUGAUGUUGUUUCCAUCCCAUUUUUCGCUUGUGCUCUAGCGCCUGCGGGCAGGUAUCUUCAAUACGCAAUAACAAUAUGCUUCAUUGUUCACAGGUAAUAAGCAACCCGCAGAUGCCCUUUGGAAAACUGCAGAUAGGUCCUGGCGCAUUAGAGAGUGUCGAUCAAUGCGUUACGCUCGUCAACGAAAAACUUCUCGACUACGUUGCCAGAGGUACUGAAGCUUGUAAAAAUGCAGCCUUGUCUGCUGAUGUGAUUUGGUGUUGCUGCUAGCUUUUCUGCUUGUUCGUUGAGAACCUGCUGUGAAUCAGUGUGAUUGCAGAAAGGAUGAAAUAAUGCGCUUAGGACACACACGUGGUCAGGUAAAUGAAGUAUUUGUACGGUAUAUGCAAGCAAUAAACCCAAAUUGCAAGUCAUUGGUCAAAAAAUAAGACCACCUUAAAAAUACAACUUCUGCAGGACAAGCGCAGGCACAGGCGACCGGCGUACCCGCGAACAUACCACCAACCAUGCUUGACGAGAGGGGAGAGUAUGUUGCCAUCGUCGCGAAGGAGAUUGACGCAGCAGCGCAAUUGGCCGAACUUCAGGACCUGGGGCCGGCAUACCCGGGCGGCAUAGUAAAAGAACUCACCAUUCCAGCGACCUUGAUGGGCGGAAUUAUCGGCCCAAGACAAAGCACGCUCGCACAAAUCCGAAAAGCGGCCAAAGUCCGCAUCGAAAUUGCCUCGCAGCCCAAAGUGGGGACGGCGUCAGAAGUAUCUAUGUUUUAUUUGUGGCGAUCAAAGUAGAUAUUCAUUUUCAUAUUUCUUGAUGAUCAGAACCGCGCACCGCAUUCGAAGCGCUUCUCGUGUGUUCUGGUAUCGAAAGCUGUUGUGGAUACUUCCAAAAAUAAUGAUGGUGGCUCUACCUCUCUCACCACGCAAGCUUGGGUGCUUACUUGAUAAAAAAACUCCAUACGAUUACGACCGCAGGGCGUGCUCCGUGUGGGUCCCGCGCCGCCAGACAUUAUUGCGAAGUGCGAGGAACUGAUUCAGAUGAAAUCAGAGGAGCUGCUCGGGCAGCGGCCGCGGACCAACCCGCUUACUUUUCAGCAGAUGGCAGCCGGCGGUGACCCGGGCGCCGCGUCACACAAGGGCGCAGGCGGAUACAGUGGCGGCGAGGGCGGGAAGAAAGGUGGAUACAACAGCGGCGCGGGCGAUUACUGCCCUCCGGGCAUGGAAGUGGCCGAGGUCGAAGUGCCGAAAGAGCUGAUGGGCGCGGUAUUCGCAUUUUAUCGAUGAGCUAAAGAUCACCCCAUGUUCCGCGUUGUUCAUUCGCAAGCGAAAGCGUCAUGGGCGUCGCUCAUGGUGCUGCUUUCGGCCGCGAAAAUAUUUUUCUGUGGCUGGGAGUAUUCAUUCUCUUAAUGUUAUUUUUCGUGAAGAUCAUAGGAAACCGAAACUGUACCAGCAUACAGAAAAUUCUCGCAUCAAAAACCAUUGCAGAUGAUCGGAUCGCAGGGGAGUGGCAUUGAAAGGUUAAAAGCGUCUUUUGCAGCUUCCGGGAUACCGCAGAUGUCGGUGUCUAUUUCGCAGAACCCCUCUCGCGACCCGACCGUGAAUUGCGGCAAGUUGAAGGUCGGACCCGGCGCACCCGACCAGGUGGCCGUGGCCGCGAAGAUUGUCGAAGAGCGAGUCAAAGAGUGCGAGCAGAUGCGCGACAUGAGUAAAGGCGGAGGAAAGUUCGAUGGCGGCAAGGGAAAGGUACUUACUUCCAAACGCGACCUAUCAGUAGUUUUUGUAGGAGAUGUUGGGCACCACUACCAGAAGUUAUAUAUUACAGUUUUCAAUACACUUACACACAAUGUAAGUACGUUUGGACAAAAUGAAAGUACUAGACCUCAUGAAAUGAAGUUGGAAAAGACACGCAGACACGCGAUUCGUUCGUCGUUGUGGAAAAGGAGACACUGAAAAAAAAAUUCAUAUUCAUUCUUCUUUUCGCAGGGUAAAAGCUUUAACAAGGGCUACAACAAAGGAGGCUGGAGCAAUAACUACAACCAAAAUGACGGCGGAAAGGGCGGUUGGAACAACAGUAAGGACGGCAACAAUUACGGCGGAAAGUAUGGCGACCCAAACAACCCAAAUAUGGUUCCGCAAGGGCACGGUGGCGGCGGCGGCAUGGGGGGACCCAUGGGAGGUGGUGGCGGGAUGAUGGGCGCCCCCGGCAUGGGACCUGGCGGGCCCGGCAUGAACAUGAAUAAUAACCCGAUGGCAGGGGGACAACCGGGGCCUCCUGGCAUGCAGCCGGGCGCUAUGUAUCCCAGAAAAGAAUAAAGCGAGCCUGCCAUGUUUGAUAAUGAUCAUGCAAAAAUAUACACAUGGGCAUGGCAAUAAGUUUCAGUUUGUCUUGCACCAUAGCCUUCAUUCUAAACAGCUUCCUAUGUUGGGCGGGGCCUCGAAAAAUGUUGCCUGUGUAUUGUCGCUCUUUGUUUUCCUUUUUUUUCAAAUAUGCCAUGCUGGCUUUUUUCUCUGGCAUACGUGGAACCCGAUGAUGAUGGCCGCACAAAUGCAGAACCUGGACCCGCAGCAGCAGCAAAUGAUGCAGCAGAUGAUGAUGCAACAGCAGCAGCUGAUGCAGCAAAUGAUGCAAAGCGGAAUGAAUCCCAUGGCGAUGGCCGGCAACCCGGCUGCAGCAGGCGACGCGGCGCAACCGCCGCCGCCACCGCCGGUCGAGCAAACAUCAUAGCGACACAGAUUUCAUCAAACCACCUUCGUUCUUCGAUGCACGACGGGAAGCGCUGGUCGUGGCCAUGAUAAGCGAAGCCUGUUAUUUUGUCCGGCGACAUUUUUCAUGAGAAGUGUUUUUGGGAAAUUUUCGUGGAUUGGUUUUCACGCUAGGAUUAGUAAAUCUACUACAUAUAAAUGAUCAAUGCUCGGACGAGAUUCCGCUUUGCUGCUUGCUGCGAACCUCCUUUCGAAGAUUGAGAAACUCAGUACGACUGCUAUGACCUGCUGCCGUAGACAAGUGGGAUUUGAGAGCAUAUCAAAGAACCUCACGGGUGACAUAUGAAUAGAAUUUUUGGGAAGAUAAAAUGUCUUUCCCAGCAGAAGUAGCCCAAUGGAUUAUUGCUUAGCAGUCCGGGACUUCGUCCACUUAAGGCUGCGUACUGCUGC